CACUAAUUGGAAAUGUCAAAAAUUCUACUGUCACUUUGUAAAAGCAGCUCACUUAACUCAAAAUGUUCUUUCUUCCGGCUAACUUUAUCACGCAAGAUGCCCGGCGUCACAGUAAAGGAUAUUGAUCAACAUGCAGUUGUAAAGGCUGUAGCUGUCUUCUUGAAGAAGACUGGCAAAUUGAAGGUGCCCGAUCAAAUGGACAUCAUCAAAACCGCUAAGUUCAAGGAAUUGGCACCAUCUGAUCCCGACUGGUUCUACAUUCGUUGUGCGUCUAUCUUGCGCCACUUGUACCACCGCAGUCCAGCUGGUGUUGGCUCCAUUACAAAGAUCUACGGUGGCCGUAAACGCAAUGGUGUUCAUCCAUCUCACUUCUGCCGUGCUGCUGAUGGUGCUGCACGCAAAGCUUUACAAUCGUUGGAGCAUGCCCGUCUUAUCGAAAAGCACCCUGAUGGUGGUCGCAGAUUGACACCUAUUGGUCAGCGUGAUUUGGAUCGUAUUGCCAAUCAAAUAGUGAGCAAACAACGUGAUGCGGCGAAACUUUCCGGACCUAUUGUCAUUUCCAAGUAAUUUUAUUUAAAAAAUACGCAAAAUGGAGGAUAGAGAAUGAAGUUAGUGGCUAUCGCAUACUUCUUGCGAUGCCACUUAAAAUUAUAAUAAACCUUUGUUUACGUGAAUAAAAACAGAAAAAAAAACAACGUA